AUGGGGUUGUUGUCCUUGUAUGAGGCCUCGUUUCUCGCAGUUGAGGAAGAGAGUAUAUUGGAUGAGGCGAGAGACUUUUCUACAAAACACUUAGAAGAAAACUUGAAGAAAAUAAAGAAUCCAUAUUUGGCGAUGCUCGUGAAUCACGCUCUCGAGGUUCCUCUCCAUUGGGCGAUGCAAAGAUUCGAGGCAAGAUGGUUCAUAGAUGCAUAUGGAAAGAAAGAAGAUUUGAAUCUCACACUCCUCAAAUUUGCUAUGUUGGAUUUCAACAUGGUACAAGCCAUACAUCAAGAAGACCUUAAACAUGUUUCAAGAUGGUGGGAGAACUUGGGAUGGGGCAAAAAAAUGCCCUUCCUUAGGGACCGAUUGGUGGAAUGUUACUUAUGGUCCUUGGCAGAGGUGUACGAUCCAAGACCUGAAUUUCAAUACUAUAGAAGGAUGUCCACAAGGGUGAACCAACUUGCCACAUCCAUUGAUGAUAUUUAUGACGUCUAUGGCACUUUGGAUGAACUUGAGCUGUUAACUGAUGCAUUUUUCAGGUGGGACGUGAAUCUUGUUGAAACCCUGCCAGACUAUAUGAAGAUAUGUUUCCUUGGCAAUGUCAAUUCUGUCAAUGAAUUAGGCUAUGAGGCUCUUAAGUGUUUUGGAGUCAAUGCCCUUCCCUAUCUCAUCAAAGCGUGGACGGAUUUAUGUGGGUGUUAUAUGAAAGAAGCCAGGUGGUUUUAUGGAGGGCAUGUGCCUUCUCUUGAUGAAUACUUAAACCAUGCAUGGAUGUCUGGUGCAACUCCUAUGAUGGUUGUUCAUGGAUAUUUUCUUUGUAUUUCUGCUUCUAAUCCCAUCACUAAGGAGGGCUUGGAAGCAGUUAAAAACUAUCAUGAUAUCAUCAAAUGGCCUUGUAUGAUCUCUCGUCUGGUAAAUGAUUUAGGAACUUCAAAGAAUGAAUUGAAACGAGGAGAUAUUCUCAAAUCGGUGCAAAUUUAUAUACAUGAAACUGGUGCAUCAGAAGAAUCAGCUCAGCAAUAUAUUAAAGAGCUCGUUAUAGAGACAUGGAAGAAAAUAAACACAACUCGUGUAAAGCCUGAUUGCCCUUUUGGGAAGAAGUAUGUGGAUAUAACAACAAACAUUGCGAGGGCAGCUCAUUACAUGUAUCAAUAUGGAGAUGCACAUGGACAUAAUAUUAAAGGGAAAAACAAGGAUCGUAUCACCAUGCUCCUCAUCGAGCCAAUUCCGAUUUCCUUUAAUUGA